AUGUCGACUAAGAAGACCUUAAUUGAUACUUACAGAGUGCAGGAAUCAGACAGCAACUUUUUUGAAAGUUUUACGGCGUUAUCAUGGAGACAAGAAAAUAAGAGACUGCGGGCAGCAUCAGAUGAAGAUCAUGAUAGACAUCCUCCUUCAGAGAGCCAGUUUGCCAUCAAACCAGAGGUACAGAGACUAUCAAAGAAAGAGUUUGAGCUUCUGUACAUUGAGGUUUUAUACACCAUCAAGCAUAAGAUUGGGACUACAGCAGGUGGACAUUUACCCUACAUACAGGACUUGUAUCAGUAUGCCCAGGAAGCCUUCAGAAUCUCACCCGAGGACCAUGCACGACUGCUGGCAAAGGCCACAGAGGAAAAGCCACCCAUCGUUAUACUCAAUGUGACAGUCAUCAAAGCGAGGGAUUUAGAAGCCAAAGAUGCAGAUGGUUUCAGUGACCCCUAUUGCAUGCUGGGAAUCAUGCCAGGUCGUCUCUUGGAUCAGGAUCUCUCCAGUUCACCUGUAACACUCUCAGACGAGGAGGAUCAUCAUAAAAAAGAGGAAAAGAAACGAGGAGGAAGUCUGAGGAAAUUCUCCCUCACAAAGAAAAAGAAGGAUAAGACCGUGAAAGAACUCCUGCCAGCCAAGCUGAUCAAAACCACAGAUGUCAAGCCCAACACAGUCAAUCCUGUGUGGGAGGAAAAGUUCAGAUUUGAUCUGGAUGAUGUUCGCUCUGACAGACUACAUUUAGAUAUCUGGGACCAUGACGAUGAAUUCUCAGUAAUUGAUGCUGCUAAGAAACUGAAUGAAGUCCAGAGUAUGAAGGGACUGGGGAGAUUCUUCAAACAGGUGGCUCAGUCAGCUAGACCCAGGAGGAAGGGAGGAGAUAUUGAUGAUUUCCUUGGUUGUGUUACAGUUCCCAUCAAAGACAUACCAUCAACAGGAGUGGAGAAGUAUUUCCAGUUACACGGAAGAUCCAGUAAAUCUAACAUCCAGGGAGAAAUCAAACUGAGGCUUCAGCUGGCUACAAGGGAGGACCGAGGACUGGAUGAGGACGAUAACUGGACAGAUGUCAGACAGCAUGAAGACCUCAUCUGUCUCUUCAUCGAACAUGAAGUUAGGCGGUUAAGGGAAUCACCAUGUAGUUGGAAUGGUAAUUUGCCAAAAGCUGCCACAACAAUCUUGCAUCAACAUGCCAUCCAGGGGGAUGUCACAGACGUUCAACAGGCAGUCUGCAGAUGGAUGGCUUACAGCAGGAAACACAUGGAGUAUGCGUUUAGUUAUGAACUUCUUCUUAAACUGUUAGAAGACUUGGACCACAAAUGGACGGCAGAUUCCUUGUCAAGAGAAGAGGAGCAAUGUUUGAAUGAGUCCUUCUCGACCUUCAAAGACUAUUGCACAAGUUUGAUCAAAAAACGAAGAGAGGUCUACCCUUAUAGCAAUAAACAUGCUUUGAAUCGACUUCAUCAAAUGAUCAAAGUUUUGGUGAAAAUCUACAGCAUGAAAGUCUUCAAAUACGUGUGUCCCUUUGCCAAGGAACUGCACUCGGAAAUUAUCACAGUUGCAAAGAGAGGAACACUUGAAUGGUAUGAAAGAGCAAUUCAUAUGGCGAAAAAACAGUCGAAGCGCCACACUGCAGACCAAGAAGAGGACAUUGUAUACAGCUUGAUUGAUCUGACCAACUGUCUUAAUGCUGAUUUGUAUGGAACCAUCAAUGAAUACCAGAAAAUAUUUAAUUUAAUAGCCAACAUGAACUAUUUCAGUAUUACCUAUAAACAACUAGAAAAACUGCUUGGUGAAGAGUUUACUAACUGCAUGAAGAAGACAACUUUCAGUAAAGGUCACAGAGUGAUGGAGGGAAUGCUGGGAACGACCUACUUUGAGCUCUACCUAGCCUUACAGGAGUUCUGUAAUUAUGGAUGGGAACACCUACCUGAAAAUCAUGACCGUUUAGAAAUAGAACAGUACUACAAAUGGUUCCGUUUUGCUGUAACUCAGUGGAUUUCAGUGGCACAGGACAAGGCCGUCCAUCGAAUACACAAAGCCAUUGAGCUUGAUAAGACAGCUGAUGUUGGAGGGGCAGGAGCCAAGUUUAGCACCUCUGCUGUUGAUGUGUGCUGCUGUUUCUCUCAGAUUUCAGAGUUCUGGAGACAGCUUGCCUGGCCUGAUCUUAUUGAUUCAUAUUCCAUGGUAUCAAAAUUAACCAAGGAUAUGUGUGAAUGUGCAAGGAUAUAUGCUGACUCGGUCCACCAGAAACUCAUUGACAAAGGCUAUUAUGAUGAGGAAGGACAAUUUGAUGUCACUGAACAGAUUUGUAUUACCAUAAAUAACAUUGAACAAGUUCGGAGGGCCUUAAGACAACUUCCAGAAACAAUGAAUUUUGUGGAAAUUCAGCAUGCAGUGGAGCAAAGUAAUGAGAUUGAAUCAAAAGAGAAUCUCCACACAACAGUGAGGGAGGCUGACCAGAUCAUGUUAGAGAAAAUCCAGCAAGUAGUGGAUCGUGUGGCAGAUAAGAUGCGUCCAGACAUUAAGAGUGAUGUAUUCCAUUUGAACUGGGCCCCAGAAUCGGUUCCAGCUGAGGAGGCUGUUGAGGAUCUGAUGAAGUACCUGGACAGUAACCUUUUGACCUUGAACCAGUACCUGCUGAAGUCCAACUUUGACAGGAUCCUUCAAUCUAUCUGGGUUGAAGUUCUUGAGGAAUUCAACGAGGUUUUAGUCACUGAAGAAUCGAGGACACCUGUUAUAUACAAAAGAAUGUAUGAAGCUUUAGGACUGUUGGUGGAUUUCUUUCAUGCAGAUGAAAAAGGAUUAGAAAUGAAGAAAAUAACAUCAGAAGAGUAUAUUAAAUUGAAAAAAUUGCUUUCCCUCUAUAAGAAGGAUACAUUGAAGUUAAUAACAAUGUUCUAUGAAGAGAAACUCAAACAACAGGCUGAGUUCAAAUCAAAAGAGUAUGGAGUAUUAAAUGUUAGAAUGUGCUACAGAAAUGAGACAGAGACCAUGUUUGUUGAAAUACUAAAUGCAAAGGCUAUCAUUCCACUGGAUGCAAAUGGAUUCAGCGAUCCCUAUGUUUUGAUACAGUUUUGUCCAGAGCAUAUUUUCCAUGAUGUCCCAGUGCAAAAGACCAGCAUUAAGAAGAAAACACUCAACCCGGUGUUUGAUGAAUCAUUUGAAUUCAAUGUGUCAAUAGAGCAGUGUAGAAAGAGAGGGGCAGUGCUGAUGUUUACUGUGAUGGAUCAUGAUUACGUGUUUGAGAACGACUUCGCAGGAGAGGCAUAUGUCGACCUGUGUAACAUUCCAGGCGUGGAUGGACAAGAUGUCUCAGGAUUCGAUUCUCUUGCCAUAACUGCCUUACCCCUGAUGCAGCCUCAGCACAAAGUGGUACUUGUACUGUUGCAGAGUUCUCGAUGGUUUGAGAGUGAUCUACCGCCGUCUAUGGGGGGAUAUGUUCACCCGGCCUUUCAGAAAGUUUAUAAUGUAUUCAAGAAGAACAUCGAGACAAAUAAAGAAAAGGGGGCCUGUUUUUCUGCCUACUAUAAGGGUGAGUUAGUGGUGGAUCUGUGGGGCGGAUACUCGGACAUUGAGGCUGGACGGCCCUGGCAAAAUGACACCUUGUCCAUAAUGUUCUCUACAACUAAAGGAGUCACCGCGGUCAUUGUGGCGCUCUUCGUACAAAGGGGCUACCUGGACUACAAGAAGCGUGUAUCCUGUUACUGGCCAGAAUUUGGGAAAAACGGCAAGGAGAAUAUAACUGUAGAAAUGUUGUUGAGCCACCAGGCUGGUUUAUCCAUUACAAACGGGACCAUUGAUAUUCGGCUUCUGAAAACAAACCAAACCAAAGUGGAGGAGUUUUUGGAGGAACAGAAGCCGAUCUGGAAACCAGGUACUGCAUACUCGUACCAUGUAAUAACAUUUGGAAUGUAUGUGGACGUGUUGUUGAGAAAGGCGGAUCCAAAACACAGAAAUGUAGACCAGAUCUUUAAAGAGGAAAUAGCGGAACCUUUCGAUAUUGACAUCCACUAUGGAAUGCCAAGAAGUGAGCUGUACCGUAAUUCUCGAUUUGUUCCACUCAGUCUAACAAAUAUUGUGAGACAUACAUUACAGUCAUUCAGUCUUAAACAGUUCAACAUCUUCUUCACUCUCAUGGACCCUACAUCAAUGUUUACAAAGGCCAGCUAUUCCGGAUUCAAUCAGGAGCUGACGUUUGCUGCUUUCAACAAUCCAGAUUUAAAUCAAAUUCCUCUGACGUCAUUUCUCGGAUUCGGAAAUUCACGGUCAUUGGCCAAGCUCUGGGGAAUUUUGGCCAACGGAGGGACCUAUAACAACAAUACCCUCCUGAAUCCGGCGAUGAUUAAUCUACUGGGGUCCCCCUUAAUCAGCGGUCGCAGUAAGGACGGGGUGCUCGACACAACAGUUGGUCGAGGUGUAUUUUUCUUACCAACACCUCAGGGACAUUUAUCGUUUGGACAUCCAGGUUAUGGUGGACAAACAGCAUAUGCAGACGUCCAGAAUAACGUCGGGAUCGGCUAUCUCACAAGCUACCUCAAGUCUUUCACGCUCGGAGACGACGUACAAUUUCUAGAGUACGAAGCAGCUUUCUACGAAUGUCUGGAAAAAUAUGUCAAAGGAAAUACAUAGAAUUAAUUA